AUGGAUAAAAGAAAAACAACGAUCAUUUCCUCAAGAACCGAAGAUUUGAGUUCAAGCGACUCAAGUGAUGACUCAAGCACGGAUAGCAAUAGUAAAGUUAAUAUUCCUAAAAAUAAUGGAAACUUGACCGGUUUAUUGCUACAGGCUCACUCAGGCAACGAGGACGACUCGAGUUCAGACGAUUCAAGUUCUGAGGAUUCAAAUGAUAGCAGCGAUGAAGAGGAUACUCCUAAAAAAGUUUCGACCGCGAAUGUGGACAAAAGUAAGGCGGAAAGUUCGAGUUCUGCUUCUGAAGAUUCCGAAGACGACGCGUCUUCAAUUCCUUCAAAACAAAAUGCGGAUACUUCAGACGACGAUGGCUCCAGCGAUGAUUCGGACGACGAUUCUAAUGAGAAUUCUGAAGAAGAAUCUGUUAAAGUUCAAACGAAUGAUGUGAAAAAAAAAACUAAUGAUAGUGAAAACACUAACGAUAGUUCUAGCUCAGAUGAUUCCGACAGUGAGAGUGAGGGAAUAGUCGAAAAUAAAAUUAAAAAUGAGGACGACGAAUCCGAUGAUGACGAGAAAGUUUCAGUAAAGGAAAAGCCUCUGAACGAACAAAUCUCUCAAAACUUAAGUAACUCUAACAAGCCAAUUGAUGUUCCAGAGAAAAAUGGCGCAAAAAGAAUGGCAAAUGAAUUUAGUUCUGUUCCAAUUAAAAAGCCAAAGAUUGAUGUCGAUGGUUCAUCAAAUUGUCAAGUGGUUGUUCGCAACCUCUCUUAUAAUGUAGAUGAUGAUUGGCUAAAUCAAGAAUUUCAAGAGGCAGGGAAAAUUGUGAGUGCGCAAAUCAAAUAUGACAAUAGAGGAAGAUCUCAGGGGAUUGGUUACAUAGAAUUUGAAAGUUCUGAGGAUGCACAAGGUGCUCUAAGAUUAACGGGAAAAGAAAUCGAUGGAAGGAGAGUCAAUGUUAGUAUUACUGUAAAUCAAAAAAAUGGCUAUGCUACUAAAAGAGAUACGAGCGAACCUAGUGAAACAAUUUUCAUUGGGAAUUUACCGUUUGAAGUUACCGAGGACGAAAUUAGAGGGAUCUUUGAUCAAUGCGGCGAUAUUAUUUCUGUCCGACUUCCAACCCAUCAAGAUACUGGUAAACCUAGAGGUUUUGGAUAUGUAACAUUCGCAAAUAUUGCAACUGCUCAAAAUGCCCUGGAAUUGGAUGGCACGGAAAUAGGAAGACGUCAAAUUAGGCUUGAUUUCGCCCCUAGCAGACAAAACGACUCAGGAUUUCGAAAAGGAUUCUCUCCCGGUCGUGGCGGACGCGGUAGGGGUGGCGAUCGUGGUGGCAGAGGUGGCAGGGGCGGUGAUCGAGGUGGUAGGGGUGCAAAUUAUUUCUCGGCCGCAAAUCGCGGCGUAAUUGUUCCUUCGCAGGGAAAAAAAAUAGUCUUCGAUGAUUAA